AUGUGGACUUUUCUGGGCAUCGCCUCCUUCAUCUAUGUGUAUAAGAAAUGUGGAGACUUGAUGACUUAUGUCAACAAAGAGGUGCUGCUGACUAUGUUGAUGUUUUUCUCUCUUGGUUUGCUCCUGUCUUAUUGGUAUCGUUCUGGGUGGCUAAAACAACAGCAGUGGGGGCAGCAGAAACAGUCCCACUUUGGGAUGCUCUGUAGUGCUCUCUCAGCUUUGCCACUCAUUGGUUUUUUCUGGGCCAAAUCCACCCCUGGAUCUCCACAGGCAGAGCAACCCAAAUCCAGAAAGGUAAGUUCAGGUAAAAGAGAGGUAAACUCAAACACUGUGACAGAGACUGCUACAAAUACAAUAUUAGCUCCUCAGUCUGAUCCAGAGGUUAUCAUCGUGGGUUCAGGUGUACUAGGUUCUGCUUUGGCUGCAGUGCUGUCACGGGACGGAAGAAAUGUGACAGUAGUAGAGAGGGAUCUGAAGGAACCUGACAGGAUAGUUGGAGAAUUGUUACAACCUGGAGGAUAUAAUGCUCUUAAAGAACUGGGUCUUGAAGAUUCAGUGGAAGGUCUUGAUGCUCACAUAGUAAAUGGUUACAUAAUUCAUGAUCUAGCGAGCAAGUCAGAGGUUGAAAUUCCUUAUCCAAACUCUGCAGAUGGUCUGGUGCAGAGUGGAAGAGCAUUUCAUCAUGGGCGCUUCAUCAUGGGUCUCCGAAGGGCAGCCAUGGCAGAACCCAACACAAAAUUCAUUGAAGGGACUGUGUUACAACUGCUCGAGGAAGAUGACUGUGUGGUGGGUGUUCAGUACAAGGAUAAAGAAACUGGAGAUAUUAAGGAAUUACAUGCACCUCUGACUGUUGUUGCUGAUGGACUUUUCUCCAAGUUUAGGAAAAAAUUGGUUUCCAACAAAGUUUCUGUUUCAUCCCAUUUUGUUGGCUGCAUUUUGAAAGACUCACCACAGUUUAAAGCCAAUCAUGCUGAACUUGUUUUAGCUAAUCCUAGUCCAGUCCUUAUCUACCAGAUUUCUUCAAAUGAGACUCGAGUACUUGUUGAUAUUCGAGGGGAAAUGCCAAAAAACAUCAAAGAAUACAUGACUGAGAAAAUUUAUCCACAACUACCUGAGCACCUAAAGGAACCGUUCCUAAUAGCAGUUCAAAAUGAUCGUUUGAGGACCAUGCCAGCAAGCUUCCUACCUCCAUCACCUGUUAACAAACAAGGCGUUCUUCUUUUGGGAGAUGCAUAUAAUAUGAGGCACCCUCUGACAGGUGGAGGAAUGAGUGUUGUUUUGAAUGAUAUUAAAAUAUGGAGAAGCUUGCUCCAGGAUAUUCCAGAUCUUUAUGAGGAUUCUGCUAUUCUUCAGGCAAAAAAGACAUUUUACUGGUCAAGAAAAAAGUCUCAUUCUUUUGUAGUGAAUGUUCUUGCUCAGGCCCUUUAUGAACUGUUUGCUGCCAGAGAUGAUUCCUUGCAUCAGCUAAGGCAAGCAUGUUUCCAUUACUUCAAACUUGGGGGAGAGUGUGUUUCGGGUCCAGUUGGAUUGCUAUCUGUCUUAUCUCCUAAACCAAUGGUACUGAUUGGCCACUUCUUUGCUGUUGCGCUAUAUGCUGUUUAUUUUUGCUUUAAAUCAGAGUCCUGGGUCAUGAAGCCACGCGCAUUUUUCAGUAGCGGUGCUGUACUUUACCGGGCUUGCUCUGUAAUAUUUCCACUCAUUUGCUCUGAAAUGAAGUAUAUAAUCUAUUAA